GAGACAGAGACCAAGGCAAAUAGAGACACACAGAGAAAGAGACACUGAGAAUGCUCCAGAAUAGUGAGGGGAGUGUCAGUGUUCCAGACCAGAGUGAGGGCACGUGACUCUGAUGAAGCCAACUUUGUAUCAAACAAGGAGGGCUGGGCUAGUCACUCCCCUCCACUCCAUCUCCUGCAAUCCUGCUCCUGUGCCUGAGGCUCAGCACUUGGUAGGGGGCUGUGGUCGCAGAUCUCUUCUCUCUGCUCGUGUCCAGAAGCAAUCUGCUGUCAUGAGCAGCCACUCACCCCCUGCAUGCGAAGGGAACGACAGCAAGAGGUUCAAGAGGGACAGCAGGAGCCCGGAGGACUCGUCCAGAGUGAUCCACAUCUACAGACUGCCAAGCGGUGUCACCGAAAGAGAGGUCCUCUCUCUGGCGCUGCCGUUCGGGAAGGUGUCCAACCUACUGUUUCUGAAGGAGAAGAACCAGGCCUUCAUGGAGAUGAACACAGAGGAGGCCGCCAACACCAUGGUCAGCUACUACACCUGCGUGACUCCUGAGCUGCGUGGGCAGCCGGUCCACAUGCAGUUGUCCUGCUACAGAGAGCUCAAGGUGAGAAGAUCCCGCAGCAAGGAGGGUGCCUCUAGCCAGGAGGGCGAGCCCAGGCAGGCAGGUGCCUCCGGCCAGGUGGGUGCCCAGCCAGGCCUGCCAGCUGAGAGCUCAGACCAGGCAGGAAACGUGGGCUCGGCCGCCGCUGCCGCCGCCGUGGACACAGGGAGAGUGGUGGCCAGGCGAACCCCUGUGCUCAGGAUCCUUGUGGAGAACUGCUUCUGUCUCGUGACCUUGGAAGUGCUGCACAGGCUCUUCUCCAGGUUUGGCACAGUUCUGAAAAUCAUCACAUACAGUAAGAACAACCGGUUCCAGGUGCUGUUGCAGUAUGCGGACCCGCUGAGUGCCCAGCGUGCCAAGCUGUUCUUGGAUGGGCAGAACGUCUACGACGCCUGCUGCACACUGCGCAUCACCUUCUCUGGGUUCACUGACCUCACAGUCAAGUACAACAACGACAAGAGCCGCGACUACACGCGCCCAGACCUGCCCUCGGGGGACAGCCAGCCCUUGCCAGCCCAGAACAGGGCCACAGCCCUCGGUGCCCUCGGUGCCCCCGUCGCCAUCUCAGCUUCUUCCUGUGCAAGCACUGGAUUACCUCACACCUUUGCAGUCCCUCAAGCUGCAGGCUUUGCCUUUGUUCCAGAGGUGUGCAGGGCCCCGGCGCCCCUGGCCGUGCCAGAAGUGGCUGUGGCAGCGGUGGCGGCAGCUGGAGCAGAGAGCCAAGUCAUCACCUCAGGCUCCCCGGCUCUGGCGAACGCUGUCCUCCUCGUUGCCAACCUCAACCCUGAGAAAGUCACUCAAAGCCUCUUCAUUCUGUUCGGCGCCUAUGGCAAUGUGCAGCGGGUGAAGAUCCUGUACAAGAAGAAGGAGAACGCACUGGUGCAGAUGGCCAAUGGGAGCCAGGCUGAGCUGGCCUUGAGGCACCUGAACGGGCACAAGCUGCAUGGCAAGUCUCUCUGCAUCGUGCUGUCCAAGCACCGGAGCGUGAAGCUGCCCCGGGAGGGCAAGGAGGACCAGGACCUCACCAAGGACUAUGUCAACUCGCCACUGCACCGCUUCAGGAAGCCCGGAUCCAAGAACUUCCAGAACAUCUUUCCGCCCACUGCCACCCUGCACCUCUCCAACCUGCCCACCUCGGUCUUGGAGGAAGACCUCAAGAAGCUCUUCUCCAGUGGCGGGGGUUCUGUCAAGGCUUUCAAGUUCUUCCCAAAGGACCGCAAGAUGGCGCUGAUCCGAAUGGGCUCUGUGGAGGAGGCCAUACAGGCUCUGGUGGAGCUGCAUGGUUAUGCCCUAGGCCAGAGCAACCACCUGCGAGUCUCCUUCUCCAGGAUCACCAUCUAGAGGACCCUGCUGGGCUCACUGCAGACACCUUCCACCACUCGAGGAAAGGACACUGGAGUGACCUUAACACUUGCUACUGUCGAGAGAGAGAGAGAGAGAGAGAGAGAGAGAGAGAGAGAGAGAGAGAGAGAGAGAGAGAGAGAGAGAGAGCGAGCUUACCUGAUUUUACAAGGACUGACUGUGGCCACCUUAGGCCUCACGCAGCCAGCCCCCUUUUCUGGGAAGGAGCUCCAGACUUUGGGCCACAUCAGGGCCCUGGACUCUAUACCUGCCAUUUGCCCGCCCUUGAGACCUGAGCUACUGUUGUGGUUUGCAGGGGAAGUGGCCUCCAGAGACUCAUGCCUCUGAACUCCUGGUCACCAGCUGGGGGCACUCUUUGGAAAGGCUGUGUGCCUUUAGGAGGCAGACCUCACUGGAGGAGCUGAGUCACCUGGAAGGCCUUGAGGGUUUGGAGCCAGGCCCCACUUCCUCUGCUUGCCCUGCUCCUUCCUGACUGCACCAGUGAUGCCAAGGGCCAGCCUCCUUCUCUUGUUCCUGCGCCUGUUCCUGCUGCCAUUGCUUCUGCACCAAGGUGGGAUGUACCCUGCCCCCUUCCUGCUUUCUGGGAGGGGGUUUGUCCUUGAACGAUGAGAAAAGUAACAAGGCAGAAUGAGGCCUGGGGAACAUGUGCUAUGCAGGGCUUCGAACUGGUCUGGGGGAGGAAGGUGGCAGAGUUGAGAACUUUGUGCUGGCAAGGGCCUACAAUGCUCAGAUAAGAGCUUCAGGGCCAUUCUGGUAGUUUGGAAGGCCAGGAGAGCAAUGCAGGCAGUGGAGGCCCAGCUUGUGACCUUUCAGAGGGGCAUGAAACUCCUCUGGGAACUGGGCUGGAGGCCUAUCUGUGUGAAAUUCUGUUAGAAACCCUAGCUGCAUUUGGCUUGUGUCCUGCGAACGUGAGUGGGGCAGAUUUAAAAUAACGGGGCACUUAGUUUGUAGGGAGAAGCCUGGGGACAGGAUAGCAUGCAGGCUCUGUGGAGGUUACCGCCCCAUUCUCUCACACAGGUCUGCAGAGACAGAGCAAGGAGUGGAGCAGAAAGGUGUGAGACCUCUGCAGAUGGUCAAGGAGAGCAAAGAGUUCAAAGUUACAGAGCAAGCAUUAGCCCCGGGACAGACAAGCCUUGCAGUCUAUACCGGCACAAUUGGAAAGGUGCCAAGAGGGCAAGGCCGUGCCCUCUGCAGGCUGUGACUUAUCACAGUACAAAGGUGUGGGAAAGGAGAGGCAUGGACCGGGACACCGCUGAGGGUGUCUUCUGCUCAAAGAGACCACCCCGGACAGCCAUUUGCUCUGACUGAAACCACUAAGGUGGACAGAGAUGGCUACCACUUGGGUCUCAGGGUAUGAGGUAGGACAUCUCAAGCUGGUGUGGCAGCACCCUCCACCUGCUGCUGGCUUUGCAAGCAGGCAAGAAUGCAUGGUUGCGGGAUGCUAGAGCUUUGGGUCGAGGGUCCAUGAAGCCACUGAAAGUAGGCAAAGUGUGGCAGGAGCAUAUUCCCCACAAGGAGGCUCCCAGGUUACUGCUAUAAAGCUGUGGAGGCCAAGCAUAGUUUGCAGUAGAGACCCCAGGAUGGAGGGGGUGCCCAGAGCACAGGCCAUCCCACUGAGACAACAUGUGGGUGGGCUCAGAGUGGAGCCAGACCGAGAUAGGGACUACCUGGGCCCCAGCUGGGGGACCGGGCUACGCCAGGACUUUGGAAGCAAGAUGGUUCCCAUAGGAGCCCCCGGAUAAUGGACAAGAAGCUGCGGCACUUCCUCUCCAGGAUUCCGUCUCGGUUUGGUCUCAUCUUUCUUUGCCGUGUCCACAUGUGUACUCUCUGCCAUUGCGUGUUUGUUGGAAAUAUAUAUCUCUCCUGUUUUUGAUUUUGCAGGGGCUAACAUUGAGAGAGUUGAGUCUCAGGAGAGACUUGUACUCCUGAACACUGUCGGUUGGAACUGUUCAUGAUCAUGGGUGUCUCUGAAGUUGGAAUGGGUAUAGUUUGCAUUAUGAAGUGGCCACGAGCCUGUGGGGGCCAGGGGCACAAUGUAGUGGUAGAAUGUAUACACUCACGGGGUUGAAUGCUCGUUUCUUGGCUGGUAGCACCAUUUUGGAAGGUUGUAGAACCCCUGAGAGGUGGAACGUUGCUGGAAGAUGGGAGUCAGUGGGGCCCGGGGGGUCUUGUGCUUCCAUAGCCCAGGCCAACUUUCUCAUGGUCUCUGUGCUUCCCAGCUGUGAGGCAGAGUGGUCAGCCUUCUCUCACACCACUGCCACCACGCCUUCCCUGCUACGGUAGACUGUAUCCCCGCAGACCGCAAAGACAAUAAACCUUUCUUGCUUUAAACCGCUUCUUGCCGAGUA